UGUACUUUCUGCAGCUUUCAAGUUUCAACUGUUGAAUGAUGGAUGUUGAGGCUUCUGAUACGCGGAAAACAUGUGGUGGUGAUGACAAUGUGAAGAAGGAACAUGCUUCUUGUCAAGACUUUGAUUCAAGUUUGAGAACAUGUAGUAGUAAAUGUGAUACUUAUGCACUGCCAGUUAAGAGGCUGUUUGAGAACAGCAAUUCCUUGGAUGUUUCUGUUAAGAAAUCAAAGGCGUCGCCGUAUGAUGAUCAGGGAAAAGAUGGAGAUGGUAUUCCGCCGACAAGUACAACUAAAAAGCCAAGCAAAUCAGCUGAUGAAUCAUUUUCCUCGCUGAUGAAAGAACUUCAAUUGGUACAAAAAUCGUUUAAGAAAUGCAUAAGGAAGAGGCAAGUGGAAAAAGGGAGAUUGCAGUCCAUCCAGAAAGAUAUUGAAGAAUGCUGCAAAGAGCUUGAAGAUAAGAACAAGCUAGUUAGUUGUGUUAAUGAAAUUCACAACAAAAUGCAGCGAAAAGUUGAAAUGAAGGAAGAGGAACUCAGGACUCUUUCCCUAAAAGUUACUGAAUGUACUUUGGUACUUAAGACCAAAGAGGAAGAUCUUGAUGCAGUGAACAAAUUAAUUAGUGAAGAAACAGAAAUAUUAGAGUCAACAAGGAAGAAGUCAAUAAAUAUAAUAUCAGAAAUGAAGAAUAGCUGUGCUCUAAUGAAGGAAUUUGAGUCAAAGCAGAAGCAAUUUAAAGUCCGGGUUAAGGAACUUGAGUCAAAAGAGAAGCAGUAUGAAGGACGAGUGGAGGAGCUUCAGUCAAAGGAGAAGCACUUUGAGGAACGGGUAACGGAGCUGGAGUCAAGAGAGAAGCAGCUUGAAGUCCAUGCGAAAGAAUUUGAAUCAAAAAAGAAACAAUUUGAAGGCCAAAUGAUGGACUUGCUAUCAAAAGAGAAGCAUGUCGAAAACCAAAUGUAGGAGCUUGAGUCAAAAGAGGAGGAAUUUGAAGAACAAUUUAAAUCGAAGGAGAAACAACUCGAAUCAAAAAAUAAGCAUUUUGAAAGACAAGUUGAGGACUUCAAAUCAAAACAGAAACAAUUUGAAGGACGGUGGAAUGAACUGGAGACGAAAGAGUAUAAGCUCAAAGUAAAUGAGAAGGAGCUCAACUUAAAAGAAAAGCAAUUUGAAGGACAAGUCAAGGAUCCUAAGUCAAAGAUGAAUAAAUUUGAUGGACAACUAAAGGAGCCUGAGUCAAGGAAAAAAUAUAUUGAUGAGGAAAAAGAAUCCGUUGCAUCUUACAUGCAUGAUCAAUCUAGUCGUGCCUUUGGUGGAACAAGUCUGCAGUUGGGCACAAGCGAGAAAACUGACGGAGUUCAAUCUCUUUACAAUGGUAUUUUAGUUAAUCUGCAAGAAUCAGCAGAUCCAUCAAAACUUGUUUUGGAAAUGAUACUGAACCCCAUCACUCCACUGUGCCAAAAGGGAGAUAAUGUUGUGAUUAUUGCUGAUUACCAAAUAUAUCUGCUUGAACAACUGAUGAGAAUCUCACCAGUUAUUGAACCUUGUGUGAGAGAAAAAGCAUUGAAGCUAGCAUUUGACUUGAAAGCUAAGAUGAAAGAAAAUACUGAAAAUUCUAUGGCGGUUCUUGGUUUUCUACUGCUUUUGUCGAUUUAUAAAUUGCUUGAUUCUUUUGAUAAAGAUGAAGUUUUCGAGAUUUUGGCAUUUGUUGCUCUGCACAAAAUUGCCGUGGAGCUGCUUGGAAGCUUUAGAUAUUUUAUCAUGAUUAUCAAACAGAG